UCUCUAAGUUUCACUUUCUGAUCUCUGUACAUACUGCUGCGUUAUACCCGCGACCGUCGAACGGAGAUACGACCUAAAACACUUUUAUUUAUUGUGUUUGAAUAUCUGACAGCUGAAUUCAGUAACAGCUGAUACUUACUGACACCAAAUCAUCCAUCGUGUGACUCGAUCAGCUCAAAGGUGCAGUCAUGUCACUUCUACUGAAGGAAAUAAUGAACUUAAAUAAAAGAGCAGCUGAUGUGUUGAGACGGGCUGAAUUAAACACCGACAAGGACCUGAGGUCACUGACUCGACAGGAGCUGCAAGACCUGUUCCCUGGAGCUGAGCAAUUCAAACUGAGAAGGGCCAUCUUUGAUAUCAUACACAAACAGAACCCAGUUGAAAAGCUGCUGAGAGAUGUGAAGAAGUUCAUCCCUGAUCAGUCUCUCAGAGAUGCUCUAUCCAACAAUGGAGUCUUGGUGGAUUACCUCCAAAUCCUGAAGGACAUGAAGUCUCAAAUGAAUAAUGUCCAGAGUUUCCUUGAUGCUCACAUCGAUCUUCUGGAAGAAUACGUUACAAAACAGCCGGACCAGAAAUCAACCUGUCAUGAUCCACCGAAGCUCUACGAUGGCCAACCUGCUGGCUGUCCACAAGUAGCACAAGAUGCCUCUGUCAGCAGUGAUCAAAUGAUGCCUUCACCUGGCGGCCAUCCACAAGGAGGACUAGACACAGUUUCCUGGGGUUCUUUUCUCCAAGCGAUAAACUUUUUUGGCUCAACUGGUGGUACAAGUACCUCAGCCACCUGUGGCCCAGUGGAGCCCCACAAUGGCCAAACUGAUGUCUGUCCACAAAGAGAACGAGGUGCAAGUACCUCAGAUGCCAGUCGUCAAACAGCGCCCCUGAUUGGCCAAAUCGGUGGCCAUCCACGACAAGCACAAACCGUACUGAUGUGCCAGAUGGUUGUUGCUGGUAAAACAUUUGAUGCCCAUCUACAGCUGAUGGACAAAGUGAAGUAUCUGGCACAGGAUCAGGUUCUGCUUUUUCCCAGUGAUGAGAAUUACCAGUUCACUUUUGUCUUCUGCCCGAUCAGUUCACGCGUUGCUUCAGAUGUUGAGGCAGCCAUGGGUGAUGUUAAAGGUAACAAACCUGUCAUUCUGGUGUUGAUGCAUCACACACGUGAAGUCAAGUACACAACACCUAUGAAAACGUGGCGUGAAGAUGUCGAAGUCAUCUUGCAUGUCAACGUUUUCUACCAUGAGACAGUGCAUGGAUUACUGAAGUGUGAGCAAAAUAAUACUGCUGCCUCUCAGAUACGUGACAAAUUACUGGAGCACUUCAUUAGAAAAAGUGAAGUUACCAGUGGAAAUGCCCAGGCUGUGGGUGCUGAAAGCUGUUUGCCCAGUAGUGCUUCUGUUAGAGGUGGUGGUAACAACAGGCGUUCUGACACUGAGAACAGUGGCGGUUUUUUCAGUAAAUUACGGCGUAAUUAGUUGUCAGUGUUGGUGGUGGUCAUGAUGGUAUUAUGUCAGUUCACACCACAAGUAAAACUAUAUGUAACGGAUUGCAUCAACAGCAAAAUAAAACAGAAAAAAUGAUAUAGUUAGACCAUUCACAGGUAUCAGAGAACAUUAUCUUAUCCUCUUCGGUAAAAUCAGAUCAGCGAUUCAUAGUGGUCUAAUGUUGUUAUUAUUCAUAUUAAUUGUGGGUUUAAAUAUCUAAACAAAGAGAUUUCCUGCUAUGGAAUCACUACAUUUAGAUCAUGUAACUUGUGUUUUAACAGUUUUUGAUGCAACCAUUCAACAUAAAAAAAACCAAAAAAAAAUUACAUUGGAGCUGCCAGUGGC